AUAAGAGACAACCAAUAUGCGUUCUCUCAUUUAACUGUAACAGUUCUCAUUGAUAUCAUCGUUCUCCUAGUAUUAUCAAAUAUAUUUAAAUAUAAAGAAAAAUAUUUCAUCAUGAAUAAUUUAAUAAUUUGUCUCGUGGCCGCAUUUUCCAUCGUUCAGAUCAGCAACGUCCAAGCAGAGUCCUUGGAAGUUUUGAAAGCACGCCUUGAAAAGGCAAAAGGAGAUGUCAAUAUAAUAAUCAAUGAUCUUACAAGAUCGAAAAGAAAUCUUGAAUUUGAUUUAAACGUGAAAUUAUCCAACAAUAAGAUCAACUCAAUGCAGUCCAUAAAUGAUAUGACAAAUCCGGCAAUGAAUGAGAUUCGCAAUGCCGUGAAAGCUGCCAAGGAAGCUGGCAAAAAUGCCGAUCAUUGUUUAGAAUCUGGUAGGCUUGCGCUUAGAGAUAUCAGUCAGAGUUCAUUUGCGUCAUUGGAUGCAUGUUUAACUAAUGCCAAACAAGGUAUUGUACCAGCCCAAAAUAACAUGGACGCUACCAUUGGUGUUGCCAGGAAACUUCUAGUAACGUUGGAUAGUAUAUUUAUUAACUGUUACUCGAGUAAUAUAUACCAAAUGCAAGGCUGUAUCGCUCUUGCCUUGGGCAAUGCUAACGGUACCAUCAGAAAUCUCAAAACCACUGCUGACAACGUGAAAAGUAGUGGCAACGUAGCAGCCAGCAAUUCCAACAUCAAAGGAAACGCUUGCUUUUCCGGCGUUGUUACCUCGACCCGUCCGAAAAUCCCUGUUGCAUUGAAUGCCGCGAAGGCGUGCAUAAAUAACGUGUAAAAAAAUAUAAAAAAAAAAAAAAAAAUCAAAACAAAUAACUUCAUUAGAUGGAUUUUAAAAUGCUCGAACAUUCGAUCGAAGUGGCACAAACGAUAACGUAACGUCGACGAGCGACAUUAAGAGAAAAAAAGAAAAGAGAAAA